AUGAUAAGCAAUAAUUAUUCAUUAAAGUACUUUAUUACGGUUCUUUUUAUAAUAUUAUAUGCGCAUUUGAAUGAUGAGUUACAAUCUUCUAAACCACUUAUAUCGAAAAAUAUUCAAAGCAUUGCUCAAAUCUCAUUAUUAAAGGCAUAUGCAAAUAGCGACAAGUCUGAUUCAAAUUCAGUAAAAUCAUUUGAAACUGUUUCUAUGGGAAGUUCUUAUAAGAAUGACCUUUCGGUUUCAGACUCUUCUGAUAGAUCAGAUCUACAAUCUAUAUCUUCAUCCGACUCUAGAUCUGAAGAUGAAAGGUUUAAAUUAUUAGGUUUUGCAAGAAAUCUUGUCAAAAGUAAAUCAUCUCCAGAUGUUUCAAGUACUCAUACUAAAAGUAGAGGUAUUAAAGGGAGACUACUCAAUCUUUUUAAAAAACGAAAGAACCCAGGGGGUGGUUUUUCUCAAGAAAAUAUAUUGGGUGGUGAAACAAAUCAAUUUCAAAAUAGACAAAUUGAAUCACAAUUAAAAAAAGGAAGAAAGGAUCUUGAAGAUACUGGCGAGGAUGAUAAUGAAGAGAAUGAUCAAGAAGUUUUACCACCAAAUCCAAACAUAGAAAACAUUGUCUCAGCAGAUUUUCAGGGAUAUGAUGCUGGUAUUAUGCAAAUAUAUCUUGAAUCUCAAGUAGCAUCUAGCGAUUCACAGAUAACCAAAUCAAAAGAAAUAUUGCAAAAUAACAAAGAAUUAUACAGAUCAAUUAAAAAAAGUUAUAAUGAACAAAUUAAAGCUUUCAAAUGCGAUGAAUAUUUAUUAGAAAACAUAUUUGUUAUUUCAAAUCAAAUUUAUGUAGCUAAAAGCUAUUGUCAAAUGGCAGUUAUUAAAAUUACAAAUGAAACAGGAUUUUGCAGAAAUAGGUGCAGAAUACUUCAUUCAAAAGAAUGUAAAACAUGUAGAAAAGCCUUCAACAGAAAGGAUAAAUGUAAAUCUAUUUCUAACACCGUAGAUCACAUGAUUGGUGUUUUAGAAAAAAUGGUCAAGGGUUGUUUAAUUAAUAAUUUUACUCAAUUGGAACGACUUGAUGCUUUUAAAUUAUACAAAAAUCUUACUCCAUUUAAAUGUACAAAGAAUCAGUAUCAAGUACUUAAGGGUAAACUAGAAACAAAGUUGUUUAUUUUAAGUCUAAAAGUUUCUUAUGUAAACAAUGUUGUUAGACAAAAGUAUGUUUGUAGCAGCUGUACUAGGGAAGAAUGUAUGAGUUGUACAUCAAUGGCUUACUGUCCACAAUGCCCAGGACUUGAAGACAUUUCCUCAUGCAGUAAUUGCCUCGCUGCCCAAAAUUUGCAGAGUUCAUUAAUGUUGGAACGAAACCAAUUAAUUAAAGACUACAGAAGACUUUAUAGUAAACUGUUAUCUUGUGAAAGUUUUCUGGCUCUCACCGGUAGCAGAGACUUUAUUACUGCAGAUAUUCCAACUGAGUCGCAAGUAGGAAAAUAUUUGGAAGAAAGAGUAAACUCAAUUUGUUCACGUUAUUUACCAUUUUAUUCAACAGGACAUACACACCAUAAAAAGAGCGCAGAACCUGAGGGUCUUAAAGCAAGACAACCAUAUUAUAGGAGCUUACCUGAUGAUAUUAAAAACGCUAUUUUGAAUGGUGUUAAGCUAAAGACACCAACUCAUCAAAAAGUUGAAAUUCCCCAACUUCCCACACAACUAGGCGAGGCAUUUAAAAAAUACAAGAAAAGAAAAGAAGAAAAAUAUGGAUCUCAAGGAUUUGAAGAGUAUAUAAUUCGAUCAAGUCCUGUUAUGGAAUCUACAGAUGAAGAGAGAAAAGCAGCUGUUUUGCUUUUUGAACGUGGUAUUUGUACAUACCUUAUGAUUAACUUAUUAAAUCAAGAACUUAGGAACUGCAACGCUGAAAUUGAUUUAAAGUCUAGUCAACAUAGUGGUUGUGAAAAUUGCAUUUCAGACGGCUGUAGAAAAAAGAAAUGUAAUAAUUUCCCGGAAAUUAUGGGUCUGAUUUUGAAAAGAGAAAACUUAGCGAAAGAAGUACAGAGAUGUAACAAUUUAGGAUUCAUAUCACAAAGCGAGUUAAAGGCCAGGAUUGAUGAAUUGAAAAAUUCUGGGUUACUUCCACAAAGCACAUCUAGUGAGGUCGUAACGGUAGCUCAAACUGAAACUAAUGAAUUAGAUUUUAAUGAGAAUGCAGACGAGGGUGAAGAAGAUGAUGAAAAUGACGAAAUAACAAGGUUAUAA